AUGUUUAGGGGUAUUAGUGAAAUCUCGGCUGUAUCAACGGCGGAUGUAAAACGAAGAGCAUCGACCCGACUGCAACCGUGCCGAUCACUCAUCUCUUCGUCUUCUUCUCCGUCGAAGAUCCUCGGACAUGGUUAUGAGAUCGUAAUAGAGAAUCUCAAUAAUCGAAGAGCGAAGAGGAAAGAGAAAUGUCUAGGAGAUUUUGGAUUUGGAAUCCGAGAUUUCUUCUCAUCAAUCUCGUGUUUAUCAGCUUACGAGUUAACUCUCAGUGUGAAUUCAGUUUCAAUCGACGAAACAAGGUUUUAUAGAGUGGAAGCGAACAACACCGUGCUAUGGUUUCAGCUUUGUGACGUGUUGAUUUUCAAUCACGAUCCUCCUCGAUGUGUUGGUUGUGAAGAUUGUGGAGGUCCAUCACACUGUGGAACAUCAUGUAGUGCACUUGUGUCGGAAAAUGUAAGAGGGUAUGAUGUAUGCAGUUCUCUAGGGCAUGCUUCAAGCACAAAAGUUGAUAUGCUUGAUAAAGAGGAUCCUGGCAAAGGCGUCAUUGUUAAGAUGUCAAGUGGAAGUAGGAGCCAAAAUUGCUCACUCUCAGUUUCUGUUAUCUGCCAGAAAAAUAAAGUUGAUGGACUACUCACUUUGGUGAAAUCUGAUAUCUGCCAUUAUGCUACGGAGCUGCGACAUCCUUCCGGCUGUGCAGUAGCUAUAUCUGGUCAUGGGAGUGGAUGGGGCUGGUUUAGUACCUUACUAAUCAUUACUGUAUGCUUAUUUGGAGCUUAUCUGAUCGGUGGUGCAUUAUAUCGCUAUUUCUCCCUUGGAAUUCGUGGCACAGAUGUAAUCCCAAAUUUGGAUUUCUGGACCACUGUACCUCAUAGAACACAGUCAUGGUCAGCGAACCUCAUAUUCUCAGGUCAACUUCUAAGCAGCUACAGCAUCCUUUUGAUCUAUGGUCUGGAGACAAAUCCCGGACCUUGCUUUGACUCGUUCAACAAACUGGAAACGCCGACAGAUUAUUGUACCCCUGAGUACUGUUUGGUUUAUCGAAAAGGUGUCUCUCCUUUUCAUCCUGUCAUGUCAUAG